AUGGAGCUCCCCGGCAGCACGUGGGGCCCCAAGCCCGACCUGAACCAGCGCAACCAGGAGAUGCAUAUCCUCGUGGGCCUGCAAGAUCAAGGCAGGAGGAUUUUCGCUCGGUCCUGCGAGGAGAAGCUCCGGCAGAACAGGGAGCUGAUCCCCAGCCUGCAGAAGGCCUUGCAGGAGGACUCCACUUUCCUGAACUUUGUCCUGAAGUACAACAAACUCCCCAUUAAGGAUGCCUUCGGAGAGCUCGUUUCAGGCACUGAGAGCCUAGAGGUGGCCGUAAAGAAGAUGGAGGCCAAAAUCCAUGACCAGGUGAAGGCGUGUGACAUGCUGCUGCACCAGCUGAAGCUGUGGAGCCAAGCCAGGGAUGAGCGCCAGAGGCGCCUGCAGGAUCUGCAGGAUGCUGAGGCUGACCCUAAGUGGAAAGAGGUGGAGAUGCAGACCAUUCGCCAGCUGGGCAAUGACAUCGAGAAGAUGCUCAUGAAAAUUCAAAGUGGAGAGAUUGUCACCAACCUGUACCUGAGGCUGCAGGAGGUCCUGAGGAGGGAGCUGGUGUACCAGCCUCGAUACCUGGACCUCCUGUCUGGGAUGACUGUGAUGUACCACGAGGAGCUCACAAGCAAGACUACCGUCCUACCCAACAGAGUCAUCAAGCAAGCUGUGUCCAUGCUCUCUGCAGAGCAGGACCAGAGCUCCUCAGAAACGCUGAUGGGUGCUGACGUGGAGGCCGCCAUGGCCAGGAUGCAGCGCGAGGCCUUUGUGACCGACAAGAUGGAGAAGGCAAAGACUGCCCUGCAGUGCUCCUGCCUCUGGGACAUCCCCAGCAGCAUCGAGGCACAGAGGAAAUCCCUGGAGAACCUGCAGCAGCACAUUGAUGAGUGCAACGAGAAGAAGAACAUGCUGAAGAAGACCCUGCAGAACCUGGAGUCCAAGCAGGCCCAACUGAAGUUCAACCAACCUGUCAGCACCGCCAGCAUGCAGGAGGAGGAGCUGAGGGAGAAGCUGAGGCAGGAGGAGGCCCGGCUGGAGCAGAUGAGAGCCCACAUGCUGAACAACCAGAAGCGCCUGAUUGAGUUUGAGAACAUCAUUGACAACAUGUUCCUCCGCCUGCAGGGCAUCUCCAUCCCUGGCAAGGAGGACUCAGGUGAGGUGCAGGGGAUGGAGCAGAAGCUGCAGCACUGUGAACAGAAGAUGCGGUUCCUGAAGGAGCAGGCGGCAGCCCGGCCUGAGGACAGCCCUGAUGAGCAGAGCGAGACUUUUGCCAAGGUCAGGAACCUUCUGGAGGAAAGAACUGCAGGUGAAAAACAGAACCUGAGGAUUACUUUUGAGGAUGAGGGCGCUACGGAACCUGACAGCUUGGAUUUUGAGGAGGAGGAAGAGGACUACGUCCCCAGCAGGGAGGACAUCAAGAAGCAGGGGCAGCAGCUGAUCCGCAUGAACACCCGGCGUCGCAAGAAGAAGUAG